AACGAGGUCACGAAUCACGAUUGGGUUUGAACUUUGCGAUCAACAGGCUUCACCAAUCAUACAUUACUCUUCUUCUCUCUUUCUCAAGGCACAUAAUCUAGUAAUCUCAAAGACAAAUGGCAUCCAACGGAGAACACCGCCACGACCCAGAAGAAAUCGCCGCCGCCGCCGCCACUUCCGACGAGCUUCCGGUGGUCAUCCUCAACCGCCUCCCGCAAUUCGACCUCUCCUUGUUUCCCAGCCUCAAGACCCGUUUCCGCUUCCUCGACCCGCUCGACCCUUCCUUCUCCCCCUCCCAGGCCCAAUCCGUCCGGGUCCUCCUCUGCCUGGGUCCGUCACCGGUCUCCUCCGAGACGCUGAGCCGGUUCCCUUCCCUGGAGUGCGUGGUGGGCUCCAGCACCGGCAUGGACCACGUCGACCUCGCGGAGUGCCGCCGCCGCGGCCUGAGGGUCACCAAUGCCGGCGACGUCUUCGCGGACGAUGCCGCCGAUUAUGCCGUCGCCCUCCUGAUUGACGUUCUCCGCCGGGUCUCCGCUGCCGAUCGGUACGUGCGCGCCGGGGACUGGCCCGUCAAAGGGGAAUAUCCCCUUGGUUCCAAGGUAGGGAGCAAGCGCGUCGGGAUUGUGGGACUGGGAAACAUAGGCUUCAGGAUCGCGACAAGGCUGGAGGCCUUCGGCUGCAGCAUUGCCUACAACUCCAGGACGAAGAAGCCACACAUUUCAUAUCCGUACUAUGACCGUGUCAAGGACCUCUCGGCAAACAGUGAUGCCCUGAUCAUUUGCUGUGCAUUGACAGACGAAACCCACCACAUGAUCAACAAGGAUGUCAUGACCGCGCUCGGAAAGGAAGGCGUGAUCGUGAAUGUCGGGCGUGGGUCCCUAAUCGACGAGAAGGAACUAGUGCGGUUUCUGGCUCGAGGCGAGCUCGGAGGUGCCGGCCUCGAUGUGUUCGAGGAUGAACCUGUUGUGCCAAAAGAACUGUUUGAAUUGGACAAUGUUGUGAUCUCUCCACAUAGAGCUGUCACAACCCCAGAAGGCUUAGGGGCAUUGGAAGAGACAGUUGCGGCCAACAUAGAAGCUUUCUUUGCAAAUAAGCCUUUGCGGGCAGUGAUGGAGCUUCAGUGAGAAGUGAUGAUAUCACUACACUUGUGAUCUGUCCACGAAAGGUUUAGCAUUGCAAGCUCGUCGAAUAAUUAAUUCAUAAAGAGAAGAAGUGAUGAUAUCAUUAUAUCUGUAAUCUGUCAAUGAAAGCUUCAACAUUGCAACCUUGUCGAAUAAUUAAUCCGUAAAUGUUUUAAUUGUGGAUUUC